AUGGGGCGUACCCUAGCGGUUCCCACCCCAUAUGGCUGCAUUGGCUGCAAGCUGCCACAGCCAGACUACCCUCCAGCUUUAAUCAUCUCUAUGUUCUGCGCAAUGGUUAUCACCAUGGUCGUAAACCUGAUCGGCAACUCCAUGGUCAUCUUAGCUGUGACAAAGAACAAGAAGCUUCGAAAUUCUGGUAACACCUUUGUUGUCAGCCUCUCUGUGGCUGACAUGCUGGUGGCCGUCUACCCCUACCCCCUGAUGCUGCACGCCAUGUCCGUUGGGGGCUGGGAUCUGAGCCGGAUCCAGUGUCAGAUGGUUGGAUUUAUCACAGGGCUGAGUGUGGUUGGUUCUAUCUUCAACAUCAUGGCAAUCGCCAUCAAUCGUUACUGCUACAUCUGCCACAGCCUCCAGUACGAGCGGAUCUUCAGCGCGCGCAACACCUGCAUUUACCUGGUCGUCACCUGGCUCAUGGCCGUCCUGGCGGUCCUGCCCAACAUGUACAUUGGCACCAUCGAGUAUGAUCCUCGCACCUACACCUGCAUCUUCAACUAUCUCAACAACCCUGUCUUUGCUGUGACCAUCAUCUGCAUCCACUUCGUUCUCCCCCUGCUCGUAGUGGGUUUCUGCUAUGUGAGGAUCUGGACCAAAGUGCUGGCAGUCCGUGACCCUGCUGGGCAGAAUCCUGAGAACCAGCUUGCUGAGGUUCGCAAUUUUCUAACCAUGUUUGUGAUCUUCCUCCUUUUUGCAGUGUGCUGGUGCCCUAUCAACGUGCUCACUGUCUUGGUGGCUGUCAGACCAAAGGAGAUGGCAGGCAAGAUCCCCAACUGGCUUUAUCUGGCAGCCUACUUCAUAGCCUACUUCAAUAGCUGCCUCAAUGCUGUGAUCUACGGGCUCCUCAAUGAGAAUUUCCGAAGAGAAUACUGGACCAUCUUCCAUGCUAUGCGGCACCCUAUCCUGUUCUUCUCUGGCGUCAUCAGUGAUAUUCGUGAGACUCGGGAGGCCCGGGCCCGGGCCCGUGCCCGUGCGCGUGCCCGUGUGCAUGCCCGUGACCAAGCUCGUGGACAAGUCCAUGAACAAGAUCAUGCCCGUGCGUGUCCUGCUGUGGAGGAAAUACCAAUGAAUGCUCGGAACGUUUCACUACCUGGCGAUGCUGCAGCUGGCCAACCCGAGCGUGCCUGUGACCAUCCCAAGCCAGCCUCUGGUCACUCCAGGUCUGCCUCUGCCUACCGCAAAUCUGCCUCUGGGCACCAUAAGUCUGUCUUUAGCCACUGCAAGCCUGCUUCUGGCCACUCCAAGUGUGCGUCUGGCCACCCCAAGUCUGCCACUGUGUAUCCUAAACCUGCCUCUGUCCACUUCAAGGCUGACUCUGUCCAUUUCAAACCUGCCUCUGUCCAUUUCAAGGCUGACUCUGUCCAUUUCAAACCUGCCUCUGUCCAUUUCAAGGCUGACUCUGUCCAUUUCAAACCUGCCUCCAGUCACCCUAAGCCUGUCACUGGCCACCACAUUCCUGCUGGCAGCCACUCCAAGGCUGCCUUCAGCCCUGCCACCAACUACCUUAAAGCCACGACUUGCUACAUCAAGCCUGCUACCACCCACCCUGAGCCCACUGUUGCUGAUAAUCCCGAGCCUGCUGCCACCAGCCACCCCGAGCCAGCAAUUGCUGGCCACACUGAGCCUGCCUCUGCCAGCCACCCUGAGCUCACUGCAUCCGGUCACCCUGAGACCACUUCUACCGGCCACUUUGAGUAUGACGUCACUGACCUCUCUGGGCCUGUCUGCAGCCCGGCCUUUGGGUCCCCUGAGUCUGCUGCCAGCCCACUGGAGCUUGCCGCUGCCUCCCAGCUUCCUGACCCCACCGUGAUCCCCACGACCACCAAUGAUUACCAUAAGAUUGUGAUUAUUGAUGUGGAAGCUGAUUCUGCUGAAAUGGCUCUGUGA